GACGCUACUUUCAGAAGCCUACGCUUAAACUGCAAGGCGCAGGUUUAGCUGAUUGUGUUCUGUGGGAGCGCCGAGGAGAUGGUCUUGAACGAGCCCAGGACUACAAUCUAAAGAACUGACAUUUACAAAAACUACAUUUUGCAUUUACACAUAUAAGACAAUAACGACGGCAGAAACAUUUCUCACGUGAACCUUAAAUAAUUGUACCGCAAUGGAGCUCGAUGCGUGCGUCAUUAUCCCUUCACUCUUCAUUACCAUUCUUGCUAUUGUAUUGGCAGCCAAAUUCAUCCCCAAAAAUCAGCCACAGGAGAAGAAGAAGAAGGAUGAAGUUGGCCAUGGGGAAGAUAUUCCUCCCAAGAGGGAAUUGGCAUCAGCAAUACCUGUAGUGGACGUACCUAAAGCAGAGCCGGAGGUGGAGGUACCACCAUCAAUAGUGCCCGAAGUUAUCCCAAAACGAUCAGUUGCUCCAGUGAUUGAAGAGAUUAACGUUUUAGAAGAAGAGACGUUACGAGAGGACGAUAUUUUCCCGAAGCAAGACUUUAUCCCCACGGUUCAGGCGCUGCCAGAGUUUGUGCCAGAAUCAGAGCUUGAGCCAGAACCUAGUCCAGUUAUUGUUCAGGAACCCAUCACCAAAUCUCAACCUGUCGUGGAGGAGAUCCCUGUCAGACAUCCCACCCCCGAGGCGGAGAGGGAGCCCACCCCCGAGGCGGAGAGGGAGCCCACCCCCGAGGCGGAGAGGGAGCCCACCCCCGAGGCGGAGAGGGAGCCCACCCCCGAGGCGGAGAGGGAGCCCACCCCCGAGGCGGAGAGGGAGCCCACCCCCGAGGCGGAGAGGGAGCCCACCCCCGAGGCGGAGAGGGAGCCCACCCCCGAGGCGGAGUGGGAGCCCACCCCAGAGACUAUCUUCGUGCCAGAGCUCAAGACUGUUGAGAGCAAUGACGUUGCAUCAGCAGAGGAGGUGCACUUUACCCCAGGAAUUAAAAUUAGCAAACUGGAGAAGCUGGUGACCAAGGAGGAGAUGGAGGAGCAGAGGAUAGAGCUCACCCCUGACUUUACUUCUCUAUAAGCAACAUCGAACGUGAAAGUUGGAUUAUGGAUAAGUGCAGCUGAGUAAGAGAAGAAAAACAGCAACUUUAACCCUGCACAUUUGUUGUCUUUAUUUUCUGAAAAAGGAUCAAGACAAACCUCUGCCGAUAAGAGCGAUUUGGACUGUUGUUUUUCUGACAAUGUUGCUGUUAAUUUGGAAAAUAAAUAUUGCUUUUGGUCUUCUUUCCUUUCCUUCCCACUUUAAAAGGAUGGGUAUUAUUGCUUAACUCUACCUGUGAAUGGCAAGCUGUAUUACAACAAACACACACGUGCCUAUGUACAUCUUUACUCUUCCCUCUGCUUCCAUCUACUGUCUUACUAGGUUCAUCUUUGAUUAGAGCAGGAGUUUUCAAAACUGAGAUAGUUUGAAGAGAAUAUAUCCAUGCUUAUUACAGUCUUAUGUGUUCAAAAAAGGUUCAGAGAUACAAAGUUUCGUGAGGUAAUGAAGGGAAAGCAAUGAACAUUACAAUACCAAUACAGCUAGUGUUUAAAAAAGGCUAUUGUUGGUGGGGAUUGGGGACAGUUUGUUUCUUUGUUUUAGAUUAAGAAACUGUUAUUUAAAGCCAUGUAAUGACUUUAAAGUAUUGGUCUUGGUGGAAGCUGUCGAUUCUGAGCCUGUCCCAUGACAGUGAAUAGGCUUAUUUUCCUAUGGGACUGGAACCUGGCAAAAUUGUCAUUUGUAUGUCUGUAAGAUGAACUAGGACGAUUUUUGUAGAGAGUUAAAUGUUUUGUUUGAACAUGAAGUUUAAGGGGGCUUUUGUAAACUAUUAUUAAAAGACAGUUUGUUUAAAACCAUCA